AUGUCAAGCCCACCCACGUGGACGGUCCGAAAUACCGAAUGCCAGUGUCGAUCCAUUCUGCCUCAGUUUUUCCUUAACCAGCGAAGCACCGUCAAUAUGCAUUGGAAUACUCAUGAUAACUGGACUCAGCCUCUCUCGCGUUCUUUUCCCGCUCCUCACCGAUCGCCUUGCCUAUCCGCCACAUCAUACCUGCCGCCAGUUUACCCCCACCGUCCUCCAAUACCCUUCUACCCCCUUCCCACAAUUCGAAAAGCGCCGCCGGUCCCAAUGUACCCGAAAUCAUAUUUCUGGGCGUCACCACCUUGGGCCGUCCCGCAUGUUCAGCAGCUAUCGUCUGUCACGCAAUCUUCGGAGCGAGCAGCUUUCAGUGCUCAGCCUGCCCCUGCGAUGUUCAAUGCGAACGAUGUCUUAAUCACUGGAGGCCAGUUCAAUCAAUUAACGUUGUUGGCACCCGUCGUUCCGGAUUUUGUGUCUCUCGCAGCCUUUCACGACUCAGCUGCACGCUUUGAUGCGCCUAAAUGCCACCCCAACACCCGCGUCGCAAUUCUCGAGAAGAUAACCUACUGGGCUCUCCACGUCCGUGAAGUCGAUGCCUUCGUCCUAUGGCUUUACGGACCCGCUGGCUCAGGGAAGUCUGCAAUUGGCCAAACUAUUGCGGAGAUCUUCGCCGCGUGGGGGCGGAUACUCGCAAGCUUCUUUUUUUUCAGAGCAGACCCUCAAAGGAACGACGGCAAGCGCCUUGUUGCCACGUUGGCUUACCAGAUCGCCACCAUAAUUCCCCCGUUCCGCCCGCUACUCGAACAAGCCGUCGAACUCCAUCCUCAUAUAUUCCAGUGUGCUAUUGGAGUGCAGCUCACGAAGCUCAUAGUGGAGUCCCUCCAACAUCUCACAAGGCAAGGCAUCUUGUCGGCGUCGCUCAUGCCUAGGCUCAUCAUCAUCGACGGACUCGACGAAUGCGAAGACCCUUCCAUGCAACGACAAAUCAUCGAAGCGAUUGCCAGCCUCCGAGGGACGACAGAUCUUCCCUUGAAGAUACUCGUCGGAAGUAGGGCGGAGUCACAAAUCAUCUCCAUUUUCAAUUCAGAUAUUCUGUCCCGAUCUCCCCGCAUCGUCCUGGACGAUACAUAUACUCCUGACCACGACAUCAACAUAUUCCUCAAUGACAAAUUCGAUGAAAUACGGAGAACACAUCGCUUCAAGGCAUAUAUUCCUGAACAUUGGCCUGGCGAUGAUGUCAUCCACCAACUGGUACUCAAAUCGUCAGGUCAAUUCAUUUAUGCAAAUGUCAUCUUUCGCUUUGUGAAUUCCCCCCGCCAUCUUCCCCCCGAACGCUUGGAAAUCGCCUGCGGCUUACACCCUUCUUAUGGCGAGCUCCCCUUCGCCGAACUCGAUGAGCUAUAUCGCCAAAUUUUCUCAUUAGUCGAGAAUGUAGACGGCGUGCUGCAGGUUUUGGGUAUUCUUAAUGCCCUCCAGACAAUCCACUAUAGACAAUCGCAAGCGCGAGCCGUGGAGGAAGUGCUUGGUCUUCGUAUUGGGCGCGUGGACGUUUUGUUGGCUGACCUGGCCUUGGUCGCUGCUUGUGACGCUGACGGCAAUAUUACGAUCUUUCACAAGACCCUCUUUGACUUCUUAUUCGACGCUGGACGUGCAGGACUUUAUUUCGUUGAUUCGACCCGAGGCCAUAUUGAUGUUGCAUGCUGGAUGCUUCAAUUAUGGGGAAACCCGACAGGACACUUUUCUCAGCUGUCGGUCGGGUCACUCAUCAGGUGUUGUACCAAGGCGCGGCUCACGAAGAAGCUUCGUACGCAGCUGUUGUCAAUACGAGAUUCGGGGAUGCAAUGGUCGACCAGUGAUAUAUCUGCUCACGAAUUACCGCCGUCUUAUCGCUUCCUUGUUUGCCUUGAAGAGUUGACUUCCGUUUCUCCUGAAUGGGGAGAGAUCCAACACCAUUUCAGAAGAUUGUAUGAUGAACGGCUAUCGGAUAUCGUGGCCACGAAAGGGUGGCUUCCACUUGUCCUGCAUGGAUUGGCCCGAGUCCCUACUAUCACGCGGUUCCUCGCAGUCAUAUUUGACGCCCUUCCACACCCAUCUCACUGUCAGCUGGAGGAGUAUCGCUUCCGUGGUGGAGAUCCCGUAACUCUGCAAUUCAGACUGUUCCUUUUAGAGUUUCUCCAGGACCCCCUACGUUGCCCCAGUCGCUCAAAUUUAACCGACAUCCAGCUCUCCGAGGCGGCUUUUAGUCUCCUGUGGUACAUCAAGGAGGAGCAUGCUAAACAUACACCUGCUUUGCUCGAACAAGUCUCUUUAUGGGCAAAACACUCAAAGAAAGCGCCAUGGCUAUCCCGUCGAGUCUACGGUAUAUUAUUGCAAGCACUAUGA